CCGCGUUCAAAUCUCGCUGGCCAUUGGGGGCAAAAUUUAACAUUUGGGUUUUCCAGCGUUUGGUGACCGAUGACCAAGACGUAUUCCAGCUGAUAAUGUAGGUUGCUACGGACACUCGCCGCUAGUUUAGACCCACCUUAAUGGAAGCCAUGAUAUACCGAAUUAUUAAAAAAAAAAGAUAUGUUGCACAAAAAAAAGUAUUAAAAUGAUAUAGUUGUACACAACACCCCCUUCCUUGACUUUUAUCGGCGUUUACCGUUUAUACAUCCAUAUAUUUACUUUUACCAAACGAUUCAUGUCAUUAUGAUUCGUGCAAGUUUCUGGCAAUUCGAAAUAGCAUCAUUUGCAGCAUCAUGCAUGAUGCAUAUACUCAAGUUUCAUGAUAUUCCUAAUAAAAUUGGGUUUCUGUUGAUUUCAGAAUCCAUACUAUUCAUAAUUAGGUGUUUCCAUACAUAUUAUACAUGUGGGUAUACGUACACGCACAUCAGUUAAUUUAACUAUAACUUUGGACUAGUAACUGUAUUUGAAUAUGGCUUUCUCUUUUCAGAAUAUUCUACAAAACAGUUUCAAUUCCGUUUGUCAGUGGAAUCCCAUAUAUGGAUGGACAUAGUUGGACAUAUUUAGGUCCUUAUCCAAAUGAUGUUUUAAGAUUUGAUUUAUGGAUGCACAUAGUUGGAUACAUUUUAUGUUUAAAAUGUGUUUUUUAUAUUAUUAUUGCUGUGGUGUGAAAUUUUGUGUAUUCACUUUAGUUAUAAUAUCUAUGUAUACCAAAGAGAAGAAGAUAACAUAUAUUAUAGUAUUGGUACAUACUAUAAUAUAACAUACUUAAUUAGUAAAUUUCACACCACAGCAAAAAUAAUAUAAAAGGUCACUUUUUAAUAUACAACGUGCCAAACUUCGUCCAUUUAUAAUCUUAUAUAUUUUUGUCUUCGCAUAUGAUAGAUCAUAAGAUUUGGAGAAACAUAUAAAAUUAACCUAUGAAAUUAAGGGGAUCUAUAUAUUAUAGUAUGUAUCCAAAGAACAUAUAUAUGAAAUAUUUGAAUACAUCAUAAGAUUUGGGGAAUAUAAAUUAAUAUAAAAUAAAAUCGUCCAAUUUUAAACGUAAACGUCUCCGCUGUAUUUAUAUAAACUUUUCAAAAUCACGGUGUCGCUCGUGUUAAGAUUUGGAUUUCUAAUCCAACUUUCAGAAAGUUUAUGUGAAAGAUAAUACUCAAACACAAUAGUUCGUUUAGAACGCUCUUAAGAUUAAUGUCACACACACAAAAUUGAUGUCACUAGAUUUAUAUGUUUUGUCGUUUAAGGGGAUCCAUCAACUACACAUGGAAGAAUAGAAAACACUGGUCACACACAAAAAAUAAUAUAAGCAUGUUGAGUCCUAUUCAUCAGAAAAUUUUCUCCAAAGGAUGAACAAUAACCUACAAUUAAGGAAACUUAUUAUAACAACGACCAAGAAGUUUUCCCAUAAGUCAUGCUUUCGUCCAUACCUUCGGGUCUUUCAAGCAAGCUUCACACAUGCCUUAUCGUAUAUUUGUAUACGUUUUCAUUUUGUGUACGUCUAUUAAUUAGUAUAUGCCUAGAUUAUAUAUUUAUAUAGUCGACAAUUACCUAUCCUAAAGGUUUAUUUUAAUUUUUAUUCAGAAAGAUAUGCACGUAGGGCCACUAGUGUUUCCCGUUGUUAUUGGAAAUUCCAUGUGUUGAACUGUUUGAUUAAGUUUUUGAACCCGUAAGUCAAAUUUAUUUAGGUUUAACAGGGUUUCAUUACUGUUAUAAGCUUGUCAAGAAAGAAUUUGUCACAAAUUUCGAGACUCAUGCAUGCAUGCAUGUUUCUUAACUUUCGAGAAACAUGAAGUGUGGUUUUACCAGCUGAAGUUUGUGUUAAAACACAUUUUUAAUUUGACCACGUGUGAUAUUCAAAUAUCAACAAUUCUGUUCAACGGGAGAUUCAUACAUAUGUUCAGAUGUUCUUUAAUCUUGAGCACCUAACUUUGCUUCCCAUACGCAAAUGUGUGUGCCGCGAACUAUGGUGAAUGUACGGCAUCGUUUUUCUUUUUGGAGCAUUUUUAAAAGAAAAUAUAAUUUAGUUAUUUCCGUUUUGAUUGAUAUAGAUGCAUUAAUAAACCGACUUACGUGGGUGAUGGGAUGAGCAAAAUUAAAAUAUGCAUUUUAGUAACCAAUUACGGUCCAUCUUGACAAACUAACAAACAAAAAGUCUAUUAUGACGUUGAUUUGUGACCUUGCCAUAUAAAUGCCAAAAUUUCAUUCUUUCAAUAAGCAACGAGAUCAAUAAGAUGUGGCAGUCACGUGAACGUUAGUUAUCGCCAUUUCAACUGAACCUUCACGAACAUAUAAAGUUCAUUUGUUCUUUGCUAAAAUUACGCAAAUCUCUGUUGUGCACGAAAUUACGACUAUUUUUUAAUGACAACUCCUGUUCUUGUAUCGUGUAUCUAGCACGUAAAUUUGAAUUAUGGUGGCAUUAUCGAUAAAAUAUGUAAAGAAUAUAUUUUCAUCAUACACCACAAACAAAUGUUCUGGAAAUAUCACCUUUUAUCACAUAUACAAAGCUGACCCUGAAUUUUUGGAAACUACAAGCCAAAAAAAAAUGGACAAAAGAAAAAUUAUGCAGAAAAGUGGACUCGCCCUAACUCUUUUUAUAAUGAUAAUUAACCUUUGAACAACUAAUUAAUACAUACAAUAUGUUUUUUUUUUCUAAAAAUUGGUCGAUUAAAUAUUCAUAUAUAAUCCUCAUCAUCAUUUAUUAGCCUUUUGUAGCUUACUUAAAAAAUCACUUCCCACCAAAUUGAUUAUUUUUUCACUUCAUACGUUGAUCAAUUUAAAAAAUAAAAUAAUAAUAAUAUAUGCACGUCCGGCGUCCCAUGACUUCAGACGCUUUUCUGUUUCCUUGAUUUUAUAGGUUAGAAAUUUCCAAAAUGCUCAUAUUUUUCACUGAUAUGUAUUAUACGCACAAAAUAGUAAAGUCAUAAAAAUUUAUGAUGGUUCUUUUAUAUGUAUAGAGUAGUGAAAAUUUAUAUAUAUUGUAGUUCCGCUUAAAAUAAAUUAAUAUUUUUCUUUUAUCGCCCAUUUUUAAGUUACUAAACGUAUAUAAUUAAAAACUGAAAUGCAAUAUGUAGAAAUCCGGGCAUUGAUUGUUGAUUAACAUUGAUAUACCCAUGCGACUGGCUUAUGAUGAACCAUACCUGCUAAUACUCAUUGUUACAAACUCGCAGCAACAUCAUAAAUCCAUCACUCGCCACAAUAAUUUUCUUCAGUGUAUGUUCAAUUGAUCACAUUUUGACCCUUCACUUUCUUGAAUGAGAAAUUAUACAAGAAAGUGAUUUGAGUGUGUUAAAAAAUGAUUUGUCAUUCUGACCAAUUAUCUGGCAGAGAGUAUAAUAAAAUACUUCUAAUUACCUUAAAUCAUUAGGCGUUGUUUCUUGCCGAAUAUAUGAUGGAGCAUGGUCUCGCUAAGAGACAACAAAAUCUUUAAAUAAAUUAAAGAAAUUGUUUAGCAAAAAAAUUAAAUAAAUUAAACAAGAGAGAGUACAAAUAUAAAACACUCUAACGGAAGAUAAAUAUAUAAAAUACAAAAUAUAGAAUAGAGGCCUCAAGUAGUGUUUACGUGACAAUCUCAAUUUCACUCCAUACCUCGAACUCAUUCAAGCUUAGAAACCUAACUUCUACUGUUCCUUUUGAUUUGCCUAUAAAUACACGUUGGUCCAUACUUCUCUAAUUUCAAAUAUACAAAGCAAAACACAGAGACAAGAAUCAUAAAUAACAAACAUUUUCAACAUAAUCCCAAAAAACGACACGCGUUCCUUUUCCAAAAAUUCACUUCUCUACGUACCAACCACAAUGGCUCAUUGUUGCACAGUUCUUACCGGUUUACUAGUAUGGUCUCUUUUUAUGCUCUCAUGGUGUGAAGCUUCAAGAAACAACAUUAAUAGAUAUGAUCAUUCUUAUGGAACGUUCAAAUCCAAUAGCUUAAUCAAGCGAAGAGACGAUAUAACUCGUCUGAAAAGUGUUGCAAGAGCCUCUUUGCGGCUUCCAACCACCGUUAGUGUUUCUGAUUUUGGAGCUAAAGGAGAUGGAAAAACCGACGACACGCAGGCGUUCGUGAAUGCAUGGAAGAAAGCUUGUUCUUCAAGUGGAGCUGUAAAUCUCUUAGUUCCUGAAGGAAAAACUUAUUUUCUCAAGUCUCUUCGAUUAAAUGGCCCAUGCAAAUCAGUUCUUACCGUUCAGAUUUUAGGAACGUUAUCGGCUUCUCAACAACGAUCGGAUUAUGAAGAUCUCAGCAAAUGGAUUACGUUUGACGGCGUUAACAGUCUAACGGUUGAUGGCGGAGCCACCGGAACUGUCAACGGAAACGGCGAAACGUGGUGGGAAAACUCAUGCAAACGGAACGAAGCUAAGAAAUGCACAAAAGCCCCUACGGCUCUUACUUUCUACAACUCGAAGAAUUUAAGAGUGAAUAAUCUGAGGGUGAAAGAUGCGCAACAGAUUCAGAUUUCGAUUGAGAAAUGCUCCAACGUUCAGGUCUCAAAUGUUGAGGUCACUGCACCUGCUGAUAGUCCUAACACUGAUGGUAUCCACAUCACUAACACUCAAAACAUUCAAGUCUCCAAUUCCAUCAUUGGAACAGGUGAUGAUUGUAUAUCUAUUGAAAGUGGAUCACAAAACGUUAAAAUCAACGAUUUAACUUGCGGCCCAGGCCACGGUAUCAGCAUUGGGAGCUUAGGAGAUGACAAUUCAAAGGCAUUUGUAUCAGGCGUGACUGUGGAUGGUGCUAAACUUUCCGGUACAGACAAUGGAGUUAGGAUCAAAACUUACCAGGGAGGGUCUGGAACUGCUAGCAACAUUAUAUUUCAGAACAUUCAGAUGGAGAAUGUGAAGAAUCCAAUCAUAAUUGACCAAGAUUAUUGCGACAAGAGCAAAUGCACUGAACAAAAAUCAGCGGUCCAAAUAAAGAACGUGGUGUACCGGAACAUAAGCGGCACAAGCGCAUCGGACAUAGCAAUAACUUUCAACUGCAGCAAGAACUAUCCAUGCCAAGGAAUUGUACUCGACAAAGUGAACAUUAAGGGAGGGAAAGCCAGUUGCAGCAAUGCUAAUGUGAUGGAUAAAGACGGUGUUUUACCUCAGUGCAAAUCCACUUGAUUAAUAAGACCUAUCAAAAAAACUCACAUAGAUGUAUAAAAAUACAUAUAUACCGAUACAAAGUAUACAAAAUUAUGAUAUACACUUGUGGAUA